AUGGCCAUGACGCUGGUCGAGCAGCUUGCGUUCGACGUGGCGUCCAUCAUGAUCGGAUGGCUGCCAAACGCAGUGCUGUCGUUGGCAGUUCACAACGUGCUGUUGACGCUCAACGUGAUUGUGUACUCGAUUUCCAUCGGCCGAUUGCUCUGGUUCAAAGUGGCGGCGACAUCAGUAGUGGAGCCACCCCAUGUGCCCCAACAUUACAACACAUUGCCCCUCGAUGCAAGCAUGGAGAAAUCGCAGCCAUCACCAAUCGACAAUGCCACCCCCCAUGUAGGGUUCGUGCCCGUCGGAACGCCAGGGACCACGACCACCGCCAGUGAACUCAAUCCCCCGGCAGUGGAUGCGCCAACGACGCUGUGGACAGAGACCAAGGCCAACUUCGUGCUGGCGUGUCCUCUGGUACGACCUGGUGCUCUCGGCCUCAAGCGACGACCGACCGACUCGCCUUAG